AUGGCGUCGGCGGAGCCAGCGGCCCCGGCGCAGCUGACUGAGUUUCAGCUGGAGCGCCAAAGGCUGAUUGCACGCAACCGAGAGAAAAUGCAGGCAUUGGGGGUACACCUGGCACUGUCCGAGCUACAAGUAACAGCCCAGGAGGUGAUCAGGCGACCCCCCAAGAAGCCUCGAUUGGAGAAGUCGACAACUGGGAACCAACCCACUCGCAGGUCCUCUCGGCUGGCAAAUGCCACGGUUGCUCGUGAGGAACAGGAGGCACUUCAAGCCAAGGCCGAAGAGGAGCGGCUGGGGCAGUUCAUCGUCGAUGGGACGUGUCCGCUCUGCGGCGGUGUCUUCACUCGUGGGCACAAGAAACACCUUGAGGAAUGCACUGGGCCAACGAAAGUUCGUGCCAAGCGCAAGGCUGCAAAUUAUGAGCUGCUGACACCAGAAGAGCGGGUUGACAAUUGGUGCCACUGCCUUUCAAGAUUCGCCUUCAUCUUCUUGACCGAUGUGACCAUGGACGAUGGACGACCAUGUAUUCAGCAAGAUCCGGUGCCAUCAGGCAGCUCAAGUACUAUCUUCCCUGUUUGA